AUGGACCUUGUUUCCUUACUUAUUUGCCACUUCUUGACAUCAAACAUUUGGUACACUACUGGCUUUAAUGUCGACACAGGAGGCUUCAACAACAAUAUCCAUUGUUUGGCAAAGUGUAUAAGCGUUGUAACUGCUGGGAGUGAAUAUGCGAGAUUGGGACGUGAACAUCAGCAAAGACGGUCUGUAUCCAGCAAUGGCCAUGCAUCUGAGGCUUUGGAUCCUGAACUACACAGCAAUUUGUCAGACGAUGCAAGUAUUAAGUCCGCAAUUCAGUGUUUUGUCAAAUUUGCAGGAGGAAUUGUGCUAGAUUCAUGCAUCGAUGUCAACAAGUAA